GGUCAUGAACGCAGCCUAAGUCGAAUGUAGCAAUACGGACGCGCAUAAUGACGUUUGACGCUGAUCUAGAUUUUGCUAGCGGUAUCCAAACUAUUACUAUCCCGUUUAUUCAACCUUAGACCAAACCUCAUCUUUUGUAGAACUCUGGAACCUAUAACAGCGAAUUCACAAAAAGGACCUGUCGUCCCUCAACGGUCACAUUUGCUAAAUUACAGUCUACGUGCUGCCUCUUCAGUGUUUCCUGUCCUGUGCCGGAGCUAAAAAUGGUGAAGCCAGACAUUCAUACUCUGGCGCACCACCUGAAGCAAGAGAGGCUGUACGUGGCUUCAGAGAAACAACUCAUCCAGCGGCUCAAUUGUGAAGUACUAAAGACAGCAGAAAGACUUUACCGUGCAGCUUGGAUAGCCAAACAACAAAGGAUUAACCUUGAUCGCCUCAUCCUCACCAGUGCUGAGGCUUCCCCAGCCGAAUGCUGCUUGCAUGCCAAGGUACUAGAGAGCACACAAUUUGUUGAUGGCUACAAGACUCUGGGCUUUCAGGAGAGUGUCUAUGGAGAGUUUCUUUGGCGGCUAAGGGAAAAUCCACGCCUGGUGGCCUCAUGUUUGGUUGCUGGGGAGAAACUUAACCAAGAACAUACACAAGGAGUGAUCCACACAGUGUUUACCUCACUUUAUGGGAAUUGCAUUAUGCAAGAGGAUGAAAUCUACCUGCUUCAAGUCCUGCGUUACCUGGUUGAGUUUGAGCUUAAAGAGAAUGAUAAUCCACGUCGUCUGCUACGGCGAGGCACAUGUGCUUUUAGUAUUCUGUUUAAGCUAUUCUCUGAAGGCCUAUACUCAGCCAAGCUAUUCCUCACCGCCACCUUACAUGAGCCCAUUAUGCAGCUGCUGGUGGAAGAUGAAGACCACUUAGAAACUGAUCCAGCCAAAGUGACUGAAAGAUUUACCCCAACACAACAGGAGCGUCUGUUUGGGGAGAAGGGCUCCGAUUCUUACUCUCAGAAAGUUCAGGCAGCCGUGGAAUGCAAUCAAGCCAAGCUUGUGGCUCUUGUUAAUUCAUUUAUUAACUGUUUGAAGCAAAAUACUUACUGCUUUCCACAGAGUUUGCGCUGGAUUGUCUCCCAGAUGUACAAGUCACUGGCACAAGUGGAUGGCCUUGAGGUUGGAGAGGUGAGGACCAUGUGCACAGACCUGUUGCUGACUUGUUUCAUCUGCCCAGCCAUCGUCAACCCUGAACAGUAUGGAAUCAUCUCGGAUGCUCCAAUUAAUGAAGUUGCACGCUUUAACCUAAUGCAGGUGGGGCAGUUGCUACAGCAGUUAGCUAUGGUUGACACAGAUGAUGGCGAUCCACGACGGAAAAGCAAUUUGUCAAAAUUUGACAAAAAUUGUGUUGCUGCUUUUUUGGAUGUGAUGAUUGGUGGAAGAACUGUGGAGACCCCUCCGAUGUCGUCAGUGAACCUUUUAGAGGGCCUAACACGAACUGUUGUUUAUAUCACAAACAAUCAGCUUCUGGCUUUGGUGGACUUCGUGCGCAGUGUAACUGCUGGUGACCAGCUCAGAGAGGAAGACCAUGUAGCGCUGGAGACUCUGCUAGCCAAUGUACCGCAGUCCCAUGCAGUCAAGAGCAACAGUUUGGAGCUUACACCUCAGCUUUCCCCAGCUACGACACCUGCAAACAGGAAGAACAGACUGCCCCUAGCAACUACCCGAAGCCGCUCCCGCUCCAAUAUCACUCAGGACAGUGAGACAGAUGGCAGUUACCAGGACCCCCAGCAGGAAGUCAUGCCUGAGGAAGUGCUUGUCAUCUCAUUAGGAACUUCCCCUCAAACUAUGCCUGGAAUGAUGCCUGAAAAUGAGGUGCUGAACUUGCAACUCUCUGAUGAAGCUCAUGGAGAUGCUCCAGCUGAUGAGGCUAAACUGCAUGGCAAACCUGACAAAACCCUUCGCUUCUCUUUAUGCAGUGACAAUCUUGAAGGAGUCUCUGAGGGGCCAUCUAACCGCUCCAACUCUGUCUCAUCGCUGGACAUGGAAGCUGAAUCUGUUUCAGACCUAGGGCCAGGGCCAUCUGUUGGUAAUGGUGUUGAAGCUCUGCAGCUACUUGAGCAUGAACAAGCCACCACGCAGGAUAACCUGGAUGAUAAACUCCGAAAGUUUGAGAUUCGAGACAUGAUGGGUUUGACAGAUGAUCGAGAUAUCUCUGAGACUGUUAGUGAAACCUGGAGCACUGAUGUCCUUGGUAGUGACUUUGAUCCUAAUAUAGAUGAAGACAGACUUCAAGAGAUAUCAGGUGCUGUGGUGGAAAACAUGCUGGGGAGUCUGCUUUGCUUUGCAGCACCUGGCCCUAUUCUUUUGGACCCCUGUGGUUCAACAAUGUCAGAAACUACAAGUGAGGCCUGGAGUGUGGAAGUCCUGCCUAGUGACUCAGAAACAGCAGAUUUAAAGCAAGAGGAACGCUUACAGGAGUUAGAAAGCUGCUCAGGUGUGGGUAGCACUUCUGAUGAUACUGAAGUCAGAGAGGUCAGUUCCCGACCAAGCACACCAGGAUUAAGCAUCAUCUCAGGUAUAAGUGCAACAUCUGAAGAUAUCCCAAACAAGAUUGAAGACCUGCGCUCAGAAUGUAGCUCUGAUUUUGGAGGCAAAGACUCGGUCAUAAGCCCAGAUGGAGAGGAUUCUGUACAUGGAGCACAUAGUUUGUCCUGUAUGCCUGCUCAAGCUGACUCUCUGCUGGCUAUGUUUGAUCCUCUCUCCUCUGGUGAAGGUACUGGCACCAUAGUUCGGCCUAAGGCACAUACCAGACCCCCUCAUCCUCCUCCAGACCCACCAAUCCCAGAGGCUUGUGCUACAGGGCCUUCUGAACCCAGGACAUCUCACUUCUCAACCCAUGAUCUAGAGCACCCCAAGCAGAGACACUCAUACCCUGACCGUCUUGUCCGGAGCCGCAGUACUGACGUGGUCUGUGCAGGGCGCAGACCCAACAGUGAUCCAGGCAUAAACCGUAGGACCAUGAUGGAGGACCAGGACCAAGCAGGUGCUUUCGCUACUGGAUCCACCACUUCCCCAAGUAAAGAUUCAUUAAAAGUGGAGAGUGAAGACAAGAAGGACAGCGAUGAUGAGAAAUCAGACAGGAACAGACCCUGGUGGAAGAAACGGUUUGUUCCUGCUAUUCCUAAAGUGCUCUAUUGGACAGCACAAAGUGAAAUGCCAGCACCAAUUGCAGCAUUCCGAAAGCGGGAUAAGCACGAAAAAGAUGAUCUGGGAGCAGAGAAGGUCCUUCAAGAUGAGCCUUUAUUACUGGGGCAGAGCUGUCAGGCUCAAGCAGUAGAAGACAUAUUGGACAAAUACAGGAAUAUCAAGAGAACUGGCCCGAGUGAGGGAGCGUCAUCCACCUAUGAUGUACCAGAAAUGUGUAAAGAUGGCGAAAGUGAGCAUAAAUCCCAUAGACACGAGGGCCCACAGAACAUGUCUACAGAUGACUUCACAGAUUCUGCCAGCCAGAUUGCACAGACUCAAGACAGCAAGUUUUUCUUCAGUGAUGCUAAGAAGAAAUUACGCCUGGCUCUGUGCUCUGCAGAUUCUGUUGUUUUUCCUAUUAUACCCACUGUAACACGGAAUGGACUCCCUGACCACACAAACUCUGAGGACAAUGAGAUUGUGUGCUUUCUGAAAGUGCAGCUGGCAGAGGCUAUUAACUUGCAGGAUAAAAACCAGAUGGCUCAGAUCCAGGAGACCAUGCGCUGUGUCGGUCACCUUGACCCACGCACCUGCAGAAAGCUGCUCACAGCAAUUGCUGAGGACUAUAGAAAGCGAGCUCCAUACAUAGCAUAUUUGACCCGCUGCCGGCAGGGACUGCAGACUUCUCAGGCUCAUCUAGAGAAGCUGUUGCAGAGAGUACUUAGAGAUAAAGAAGUGGCCAACCGCUACUUUACUACUGUCUGUGUCCGACUGCUGCUAGAACAGAUGGAGGCCAGGAUGCAGGACUUUAUCAGAGCAUUUCAGGGCUUUACAGCAGCUGAUGAUAAAACUGCAGCAGUGGAGGACUUCUUGCGUUACCUCUAUGGUGCGAUGGCACAUGAUGCCAUCUGGCAGUAUGCCAGUGAGGAACAGCUACAGGAUGCUCAGAUGGCUAUUGAGCGCAGUGUCAUGAACCGCAUCUUCAAACUGGCUUUUUACCCAAAUCAGGAUGGAGACAUCCUGCGAGACCAGGUUCUUCAAGAGCAUAUUAAUCGUCUGUCCAAAGUAGUCACUGCCAACCACAAGGCCCUCCAAAUCCCAGAGGUAUAUCUUAAAGAGGCCCCAUGGCCUUCUGCGCAAGCAGAGAUCAGGACUAUCAGUGCAUACAAGACGCCACGAGAUAAAGUGCAAUGCAUCCUGCGUAUGUGUUCCACCAUCAUGAAUCUGCUCAGCUUGGCCAAUGAGGAUGCAGUGCCUGGAGCUGAUGACUUUGUCCCUGUGCUUGUUUUUGUCCUUAUAAAGGCAAACCCACCCUGCCUUCUGUCAACCAUUCAGUACAUCUGUAAUUUUUAUGCCAGUCAACUGAAUGGGGAAGAGUGCUAUUGGUGGAUGCAGUUCACAGCUGCCGUUGAAUUUAUUAAAACCAUUGAUGAGCGCAAGUGAUGCAGAACAGCUACCUGUAUGGGCAAAUAUUAAAGGAGGAGAAAAAGACUUUGCAACCAACUACACUGUCUUUCAUUAAACCCACCCACAACAAGAUGCUUCUCCAUUUUGAUGACAGUGUUCAACUAUUCAAAAGCAUUGAAUGUAGAGAGAAAGAAAGAGCCAUUGCAUAAAAAAAGUAAAAUGUGUGUACAAAUGUUCUAAGGCGAUGUAGCUAGAUUUACAUAUAGAGGACAAGGUGUACCAUAUAUUGACCUUAAACAAAAUUUGGAAUAUAUCCUUUAUCUCGUUAGGUGGUGGGGUUAUUUUAUUUUUUAUAUAUAUUUUUUUUUUCGUUUAGUUUUUUUUUUAUAUAUAUAUGUUUAAAUACACAAUACACACACAGUGUCUGGCCAAAAGAAAAAACACCAUUUUAGAAGGGCCAAACUACUGAUUUCCAUCAAGCAUUGUAAACCAUUAAGGAGAUUUAAAAUUACUGAAAUUGGGUUAAGAACUAUCCAACACAAUUUUAAAAUCUGUAGGGACUGUGCUGAACCUUCAGCAUCGUGAAGGAAGGGGUCAAAAUAAAAUCAUAAAUUGAGAUAACUUUAAUGCUUAGUAAAUAUGAAGGGCAAAGAAUUGACAGUAGAAAUUAAUUCUGUAUUUAUUAGUAAAAAUAAGAGCAUUUCCACAUGCACAAUGUGACAAGAAUUCAGGUUUGGUAUUAAUCAGCUGUGUGGCCAUAAGGAACCCCCUUGUUAGUGAGACAAAUCAGGACACUUAAAUUUUCUAGGGAUCAUAAAGAUUGGUCUCUCAAGCAGAGAAAAAAGGUCACACAUGAAUUUGCAGCCACAAUGUUUACUGUAAUCAACUGUAAAGGUGGUCAAUAAAAUCUUGAAAGCAUGCUACUUAAUUUUUGGCCUGACAGUGUGUGUAUAUGUCCACAUGUUGAUGAACAAAAGAAGGGACCAGCCUUUUUGAUUGUUUAAUUCUAUUAAUGGAGCCAAGCUUAAAAAAAGAAUUAAGAACCAUGCAUUCUCAUGUACAUUUUUCAACCCUUUAUUAUUUUAAAACCCUUCAUCAUAAUUUCCGAUUCAUAAAAAUUACUAGCAUAUUACCCUGUUGCAGUUCGUGUGAUUACUUGCAUCAUGAUUUUAAAAGGGCAAUUGUUUUUGUCAUAUUCAUUUAUCCUUUCUCUUUCUUGACAAGUAAGGGCAUGCAUAUUUAUAUAACUAAAAGGAUAUUUAUUCUUUGUUUUAUAUGUAAUAUUAUUUUUCAAAUUGGCCAUUGGGUGCGAAUAAUGGAAUUGGCUCUGUGGAGAAAUAUUGCUCAAGUAAUAUGAAAUGUACUAAGAUACAUCAUGUCAUAAAAUAGACAAAUUUGUUCUGUGUAUAACCCUCUAUUUGCAGAUUUCUGGUAAAUUAUUAUUAUUUUUUUUUUUUUACUUUUAUUAAUUUAGUUUUGCUAUUAGUGUAUGUUUUUAGCCAUUUUUCAGAGUGGCAUAAAAUAAAUGAAUUCUGUUUUGAAUAUAACAUCCAAGAUAAUAUCAGUACCACUUAUGAUAUCUAAAUAAAAAAAAUAAAAAAAAAAAUAAAAUUGGCUUUUAUCUUAAAAAAAUAUAUAAAUAAAAAAUAAACUUAAAUAACUUUAAAAUAUGGUUAAACGUACCUGUUUUCUUUUGGUUCACACAGGAGCUUUUAUUUUAAUGGAAAAAGUUAUUAAAAGUCUCAUUUGCUAGUCUCAUAAUAAUAUUAAGAAGGAAUUAAACUGAAAUGCCUUUUUUGUGUCCUACUAUUGGGUGUGGUUAUAGGUGUGUGUGUGUGUAUGUGUGUGUAUGUAUAUAUAUAUAUAUAUACACACACACACACACACACACACACACACACAAAACCUUUCUUGAAAUCUUCUUGCUUGGAUUUCACAGUUAGUUGAUUAUGUGCGGAUUAUCAACAAGGACCUUCAUUUGCAGCAUACUUGAAUGUUCAUUAAAAAAAUAUUUUAAUGGGUUUUUGUCAAUUUUUUUUUCACAAGCCUUUUCAUUUUUCUUGGGAAAACUAGUGCUUCCACUGCAUCUUUGCUGGCAUGGUUUGCCAUGGGUUAAUAAUGAGGAUGCUUGUUGUGCUAAAAUGUUUUCAUUGUAUUGUAAAAUGAUCCAUUAUAUCUAACUGGUUGACUUGGAACCAUACUGAUUUUUUUAUGUAAAAUCGUAAUGUUUGAGUGAUCUUUGUCUUCUACUCUUUGUAAAGAGUAUGCUCAUUUUGAUAUCAAAAAUAGUGUGAUUGUUGUGCACUCUGGCACAUGGAAGAAAAUUGUCUAAUGGAAAGAGGAACUUUAUAUACUUCUUAAACAUCUAUUAAAAGUAUUAGUUUGUAAAUGCAUAAAUCUAAAAACAGUUUUUCAGCAUUAUGUGGCAAAAAAAGUUUAAAAUCCUUCAGUACAUUCAGUGUCAGACAUGAAUUGUAUAAAACAUUUCAGAAUC